UCUGCUUUCUCCUGAAGUGCUAACAUGGCGUAUGCAGGCUGAUAUAGGGAAGGCAGGGCAUGGGAACAGCAAGACGGGCUGGCAGCAGUAGCAGCACCCUCCACAUUUUCAUGGAGAGCUCAAAUCUUAUACAACAAGGGGAGGAUCAGGACUCCUUUGAUCUGAACACCCUGCAUCAAAAUGUUGAUAGUUGAAAAGACAACUGACUACCCAGCUACAGAAUAUUCACUUCUGGAGGAUGUUGCCCUCCAUUUUACAUGUCUGAUGGACAGACUCAACGAACAGCGUCUGUUUCAGCCAGAUUUGUGCGAUGUAGACAUUGUCUUGGUAAGGCAAAAGAAUACAUUCCCAGCACACAAAGGAGUCCUUGCAGCCUACAGUCAGUUCUUUCAUACCCUGUUCACGCAGAAUAAACAACUACAACGAGUGGAGCUGUCCCUGGAAUCACUGACUGCUCAAGGCCUGCAGCAGAUUCUGAAUUUCAUUUAUACUUCCAAGCUACUUGUGACCUCCUGCAACAUAAAAGAUGUACUGAAUGCUGCUACUCUUCUCCAGAUGACUGAAAUCGCCACGUCAUGCCAGGAGCUCAUAAGCAGUAGGUCGUUAAACCUGCCCUUGGCAGAUGCAAUGACUAAUCAAGAUAACCUGGGAAACCCUGUCUCAGUUCAGUACUAUCGUGAAAUCAAACAAGAGGUGGAUCCUCUUCAUACAAAAAUUUAUUCCCGGGAUGGAAGUAACCCCUAUUCUGUGCGUGUGGAGGAUAACACUGAGAAACAGCACCAUAUUCCAGUCCAGGAGAAGCAGUAUUUCAAAGAAGAUAAAACCAGCGGAGGAGGAGGAGGGGUGUGUAAAAUUGAGGGAGAGGAGUUGGAAGAUGUUUCAGUUUGCAAGAGCACCUUCAAUCGUGAACAGAUAAUUGUUGAGGUCAACCUGAACAACCAAACACUAAAUGUCUCCAAAGGAGCUGAGGGGAAGCCCCCAUCUAUGGAAACCACAACUAUGCUCCAUGGUUGCCAAGAGGAAAAUCAGAAUUCUGAGGAAGAAGAUGAAGAGGAAGACAAUGAAGAAGAAGAGGAAGAUGAUGAUGAAGAUGCAGAGAUUGGAGAAGAGGAUGAAGAACAAAGUGAUGAUGAAGACCUAGAGGAUACAAGUGAAGAUGAGGUAGAUGAAGAGGAUGAAGAUGUUGCAGAAUUACUAAAGGAAAAGUUUAUAAGGACUCGUAGUGGAGCAAGGCCAACAAGGACAGACAGUGUAGCAGUUCCUUCUAGGUCACAAAGGAGAAAUAAGCCAGGAUUUCUGCGUCAUGCGGCGAAGGAACAGCUGGACCAGGAGUCAAUAGGACAGAAAGUGAAACUUGAGGAGAAGCAGAACUUUCCUUGCAAAAAGUGCCCCAGAAUUUUUAACAACCGGUGGUAUCUUGAAAAACACAUGAAUGUCACACAUAGCCGGAUGCAAAUCUGUGAUAAAUGUGGCAAGCGUUUCCUGUUGGAGAGUGAGUUAUUGCUACAUCAACAGACAGCCUGUGAGAAGAACAUCCAGUGUGUUACCUGUGGGAAGGCCUUCAAGAAGCUGUGGUCUCUUCAUGAGCACAACAAAAUAGUCCAUGGCUAUGCAGAAAAAAAAUUUUCCUGUGAAAUUUGUGAGAAGAAAUUCUACACCAUGGCUCACGUCCGAAAGCACAUGGUCGCACACACAAAGGAUAUGCCUUUCACCUGUGAGACCUGCGGGAAGUCGUUUAAGCGAAGUAUGUCACUGAAAGUUCAUUCUCUGCAGCAUUCUGGGGAGAAACCUUUUAAAUGUGAGAAUUGCAAUGAAAGAUUCCAGUACAAGUAUCAGCUUCGCUCCCACAUGAGCAUCCAUAUUGGCCAUAAACAGUUCAUGUGUCAAUGGUGUGGCAAGGAUUUCAACAUGAAGCAGUAUUUUGACGAGCACAUGAAGACACAUACGGGGGAGAAGCCAUACAUCUGUGAGAUCUGUGGGAAAAGUUUUACAAGCCGACCAAACAUGAAACGACAUCGCCGGACACACACAGGAGAAAAACCAUACCCUUGUGACAUCUGUGGUCAGAGAUUUCGCUUCUCCAACAUGCUCAAAGCCCACAAAGAAAAGUGUUUCCGAGUUAGUAACCCCAUGACUUCUGAUGGCUUGGAGAAUCCAUUGAGUCUGCUGUCGAACCAGAGCUCAGACUCACCAAAUCAGUCUAGCCCUAGCCUCCCUUCUCAUCCCACUCAGCACACCCAUCCUCUCCCUUUACCACUGCUUCAGCCACUCCCUCAAACCCUACCAGCACCUCCACAUUUACCCCCUCCGCCUCCACUAUUCUCAACAGGAAGGAUCAGUUCCACAGAUGACUAAAUGUGGACUGAAAACUGGUUCAUAAGGGUUUACUGAAUGUUGGCUUUAGAAUGCUUAACAACCUUUUCAGAAAGAGUUGAGUUAUCUGAGGGAGAAAUGAGAUGGAAUGAAGCUUCUAGUUCUGGAAAGAGAUAAUUUCAGUUCUCAAUAAUUUUAAAAACCCACAGACACUGAUAAUUUUAAGCUAAGGAUGUACACAAAGGGAAUCACUUGAGACUUAAUGGCUACUUUCAUUUUUUGAUACUAGUUCCAGUACAGAAAAUUUGUGGCAAUUUUUUUCCUAUGUUAGGCUCUUGCUGUUUAGAAAUGGAUAAUAUGCUGUACCCAUCUGGAAACUAUAUUUCUCAUCUUGUCUACGGUGUGCAAAGACAAAAGUAAUUGACAGUUGGUAUCUGCUGAACUCAAAUAUGAGUCAUCAACUAUUCUGGGAAAAUUUUAAUUAUUUGUGGUACAUUUACCCCAUCUCUAAAAUGCAGUUUUUACUUCAAGAAAUGAUAAGCCCUUGAAACCCUUUAAGUAAUUAUACAGCUAAAAGAAGGAUUUUUAAAGACCAAGUCCACCCUGCCAAAACAAAUAUGCCAUUGGCCCUAUGGUACACUGUUAAAACUUGAUUUGCAGUUAUCAAAAUUCCAAACCUAAUAAAAGACGCUGACUUCUGAAGGGUUAUUCGAAAGGAUGGUUUGUGAAAGGGGUGUAAUUUUGUUGCGCUUUUUAUUUAUUGCUUGUUUUAAACAGUGCUGCAAGUUGCAGUAAGCUUAAAGUAGACUGAAUUUCAUAGGAAAACUAUGGAUAUUCUUUCUUGUUUAUAUAUGUGGUUUUAACUGCUUUUGUAACUUCCUUACACAUUUUCAUUCUCUGAGGAAUGAGGAAAGGGAAGUGGAAUUUGACACUAAGGCACUUUGUUGUGACGCACUCCACCAUCUUGUCCACUUUAUGUCAUUUCAUGUCACAAGUGGCCUACAGUAGUUAUUGGGCCUUGGAAAGCUAAUGAAAAGCAGAAGGAAAACUAGUUCUUAUUAGGAAAAGCUACAAUAUUAUUGUUGUUAUGAGCAGUGUCGGCCUGAACAGUGUGGACGCAGUGAGAUCAGUAAUACAAAUAUGCAUUUAUUGGUAACUUCAAUGCUUAUUAUAGUGCUAGUAAAUGUAGUUCAUAGAUGAUAGACCAUUUUCUGGUACAGUAAAAUCCUUCACUGAUAUAUGCUAUCAUUGCCCUAAUGUAACUACUUGGGCUACUUUACCUCAAAAUGCUGAUUAUGACCUCUAGUCUUUUGUUGAGAAGGUGACGUUAUUGCAGAAUGAGUAUAAAGCAAAAUGAUAAUUUCAUUUUCACCUUUCUUACAGUUGUGUUUCAUUUUAGUAUAUGUAAUAGUACCCAUAGAGGGAGAGAUCUGAUGUACUGCUUUGUAACAACAAUGUGCACUUUUGAGACACUUGUUACUUGUAUGUCACACUAGAGUGAACAGCACUUUUUUAUGUACUGGGUGUACAAUUUAGUCACAAGAUGGCACUGUGUUAACAUUGGGUCAGAGUGAGCUGCUUUCUGGUUCAAAUGAGUAAGGUCCGAUAGUAUGGUGCCUUUACCUCAUACUUUUCUAAAGCUCAUAUUGUUAAAGCUAUGACUGCUCCGGCAGUUUUAAUGGUGCAAACACUCAGAAACACUACUGUAGUUUGGGCAUGGAAGCAUAUUCAUGGCCAACACUGAUAUUUUUUAGCGAUGCAUUAGUUAUGUUAAGGCAGAUUUGUUGAACCCGCAUGCAGAUAUAUAUAAGAAAAUUGCUAGUACUGAAGAUGGUCACAGCCUUAAAGCAGCACUAACAUUUAAAAUAGGAGGGAGACAUGAACUAUAUCUUAAAGCACUUAUUACAUGGGAGUGUACCCCAAAAGGUGUAACUCUAUGCUUCUAAUGUAGUAAUAGUCAAACAUCAGAUAUUUAUCAUAGAUGACAACACUCUGCACAUUGUCUGACAGUAUUGUUAUAAGUACAGUGUUUGUAGCAUCUGUCAGUGUGUGUGUGUGUGUGUGUGUGUGUGUGUGUGUGUGCAUGAGUGUGUGCCUUUGUGUUUGUAUAAUUAAAUAUACUUACGGAACUACUCUCUAUAGUCAAAUGGUGGUUGACAAGAAAAUGAUUGAUGUGUUUGAUCUAUUUUGUUUGAUUGUCAGGAUAACUGAAUUAUGGCUGUGUAUGUGUGUGUGUGUGUGUGUGUGUGUGUGUGUGUAGGUGAGAUUAUAGAAUGGAGGGAAUUGUAACCUUUCCCUUUUUUCCCCAGUGUUAUGUGAUCUUGGAGUUAUUUUAUAAAAUUGUAGCAGCCCCCUCCCACAAAAAGUAUUUCAAACAUUUGUGGAAGUUUGAUGGGAGUCCUGUUUGAUUUCUAACUAUCAACAGAAUAAGAUGUAAUGAAAAGUGAUUGUCAUUUGUUAGACAUGUAUACUGUUUGUAUGAAGAAUGUGCUGUGAUACAGUGGUGCUGCACUGAGCACAUUCUGUCACAUGAUGAGGGCAAUUUUUGCUUCUGUACUCAUUUGGUACACUUGUUAGUAUCCUGCCAAAUGCCUUUUAACCAGUUUUUCCAUAUAUAUUUACAAGAAUGUGUUUUUGCAUUCCUUAGAUAUAGGUUUGAUGUGUCUAUCUGCAGUACAUACCUCUUAAAUUAUUGCUACAUUUUACACACACACAGCUGUUUAGUGCUGCAGUUGUGAUACUAUCUUACAGACAGUUUUAUACCACAUGUUGCCAUAAAAUAACACAGGUACACUUGCAAACAGUAUAGCUUUUGGCCUGGACCCCAUUACCACAAUUGCACUCUUUGUGAUGCUUUGUAAAUUGUUUACCUUUUCCGUUAUAUCUUGUCUGACUUGGAAUGAAAUGCUAGAGUUUUGUGUUUAUUUCUUAAUUAAACACCUUCCACUCCCUCUUAUCUCAGUGCUGUGAAUUGAGAAACAGGCAACUUGUUCAUUUAAGGAUAAUGUUUUAUAACUCAAAUAUGUUACUGCUUUUAUAAUUCUUGCUAUUGGGUUGUUACUGGUUUUAGCAAAUGACAUUGAAAGAUUAUUCUGGGUGUGUUUUAACACUUAAAUAAUGUGUUCCAGUCACUGCCAGCAUAUAUUAAAUUCACACAUAACUAUUAGUGGAUUCAGUGGCUUUGCACAAGUAGAAUUGAGGCAGUCACAUAAUGGGCAAGACUCGGUGUUAUCUUAUUCUUUACAUUUUUCUAGUUUACAACAGUAGUCUCUAAACUUCCUUUUCUAAUAUUGAGGUUGUUAAAAUAGUGAAGCAGCAAUCUCCUUUUGGUUAUUACAAUUAUUUUCAGUGAUCCCCAAGAUAACAAGUAAAUGGGUAUGGAUGUUACUCUAGUGCUUUGGAAAAAUAUUGGUAUUAUAAAUCUGUAAAAAGUAGUUUACUGAAUUUUAGUGGCACAGUAUUGAGGAAUGUAAUAUGGACAUCGUAAGUGUCAUCAGAUUUUUUAGGAAUCUGGCGAGAUGCCAUGCCACAUUAUAUCUUUUCUUGGAAAAAGAGAUAAUUUGCUACAAAUCAUAAAAAAGAGAUGCUUUCAUAGCAAGGAACUAAAUGCAUAAAAUAUUAAAUGCACUUUAGAAUACUGUGUCUCUAAGUAGAGUAUUACUGUUACUUUUUUGCUUUGUUUUGUUUUCAUUUGUCUAGCAACAUAAGCUUCACAGCAGAAUUUAGCAAAAUAUAUAUUUUUUUCUUUUAGGAAUCACUGGGUUGUGUUUGUGCCGUAUGUGAGUAUGUCUGUGCAUAUGUGUGUGCAUGUUUUAUGUGAAUUCUUUAGGGGGUGUGAAUAAUCCUUAACAUGGCCAAUGAACAGUGAGAUUUUAAGAACAGUAGUGACAUCUGUGCAUUUACAAUGUUUUAUUCUGUUUUAACUAUGUUCUGCUCAGGCACCUUUGAUUCCAGCUCGCCACAUUCUUCCUGCCUUAGACCAGCUAAGGGGAGAUGAAUUGAAACACCCGGAUCUAGUUUCAAUUUGAAGAGCUAGGCUCACUCAGUGCAGCUGGGGGCUGAAACUGCAGGAUAUUUGUUGGCAUGAUGAAGUUUUGUGCUUGGUGUUGACAUUUCAACUGUUUAGCUUGGUAACUAGGGAACUAACAAUGUAAAAUACCCAAUAUGCUGAUAUUAAAAGUGCUGUGGAAUUCUGAUUUUCAUUCCCAAAGUCUUUUAAACUGCUUGGAAUACAAACUUUAUGCUGCUGCCUUUUAGCACUUUGACAUUCACAUAACAUAAAACUGUUUUCCAGCUUUAUCCAUCUCUAUUAUUUUUGUACAACACAAUGAAUGGCAGUUACCUGAAUAAUGCAGAUUAGUUUCACAAAAGAAUGUUGUGACAAAGCAACUAGUGAUAACGUACACACUUUGACUGAUAAUUUUAUCAGGUGUCUUUUAGCAGGAACGAAAAGGUCUAAAAAGGUGAACUUCACCUGAAUUGAUUGAAGAAACCAGUGUGUAACGACUGUGCCUUGAUGUGGUUAAGUGAAGAAAUAGAGGGACUGAGAUCAGACUUUUGUUACUUGCAGUUGUCAGUAACAAUGCACUUUAAAUCUCAGAUGUUUGACAAUUGUAUGAAUUAAAGCAAAACUGAAAGGCUUAUCAAUGUGAGCAGUUAAUUAGACUGGUCCUUCUGCUAAACCUUGUUUGUCUUGAACUAUUUAAACAAUGUUAAUUUAUUUGGGCUUCAGCAGAGCUUAUAUUUCCUUGGAAUCACACACUAUACUGUGGAAAUUAAUUUUAGGUAACGUUAUUCUCAAUAAACAAAUGCUUUUUGACCCA